GCAGCCGCCAUGGGGAAAGCAAAGAAACCGAACAAACAAAUGGAAGAUGAACGUGGAGGGGGAGGGGAGAAGAAUGCCAUGAGGGAGAAGUCAUCUGACAAGCUCUUUGCCAAGCCGUUGAGAGGCAUCAGCAAGCAAUCUCCCUCCCGUCCUGCAGCAAAUUUAGGUGUACAGAAUAAAAUCAUCGAGAAGAUGAAGAUGAGCUCAGAAAACAUGUCAAGAGGGCAAAGAAAAAGACUGGCGAAGAAGUCAAAUGUGAUCAGAAGAAAGGAGAUCGGCUCUGCUAUUGUAUCGAAGGCUUUAAAGAUACAGGAUGGCAGUCUAGGGGAUUUGGAUUGCCUUACCUUAGCUCUUCCUUCCUCUCAAUCCUCAGCACCUUCACAACAGAACAAGAAAGGCCCCGGCAAGAUGACGAUCAAGAAGCAAAGACGAAUGCUCAUUGCAGAGUCUCAACAACUCCAAUCUGUUUUGACGCAUCCUCUCUUCCAGUCAAAUCCGAUAGGAACAAUCCACGAUCACCUCGAGAACUCGAUUCGACUUUCGAAAAGCGUCUAGGGGUAGAACAAUACCUCGCUGUAUAUUAGAGCCAGCUCACAUUCUUUCAAUUGCUAUUAGACUUUAAAGAAAUCUCAAGUCGA